ACCAAGAAAUUGAGUCACCAAGAACUAUUUGCUUAUCUACAUGCAUUCUUCUUUUUCUUCAUUAUAACCACAUCUCUCCCUCUCUUAGUCCCUAAGCUGAACCUACCCAGCAAUUCUCCAAUGGAGUUUUGGUGUUUCUGAUCACAACCCACCUUCACAUUCAACCAACUUCACUUGUUUGAAACACCCUUCGACUCAUUUUUGAACGUUCCAAAUUCUAGUUCAAGCAUUUUUCUUUUGCUUAAUUCUAAAUGGAGAAGAGGAAGAGUGUGAUGAGUAAUUGGGACCAAAAGAUUCUAGCAAGUGAGUUAACCCAAGGGAAGGAGCUGGCAGAGAAGCUCAUGAACCAAUUCCUCCACCCUUCAUCAUCCCAAGAAGAAAAUGAUCUGUUGCUUUCAAAGCUGCUAUCUACAUAUGAAAAGGCACUCUCUGUGCUCACAAGGGAUGUUGGUUCUGAAGGAGAGUCUAAGCAAAUCCAAGUGAUGGACUCACCUUGUUCAUUUGGGAAUAGUAGUAGCCCAUUGAGUGAGAUCUCUGACCAAGAUUGCAAGAGCAAGAAUGUCUUCAAGAAAAGGAAAACAAUGCCCAAGAGGACUGAAGAAGUGAAGGUUUGCUCUGGAACAGGACAAGAUGGGUCUCUUGAUGAUGGCUAUAGUUGGAGAAAAUAUGGCCAAAAGGAUAUCCUUGGUGCUAAUUACCCAAGAGGCUACUAUAGAUGCACACAUAAAAACACACAAGGUUGCCCAGCCACAAAGCAAGUUCAAAAAUCAGAUGCAGACCCAACAAUCUUUGUGGUAACCUAUACAGGAGAACAUACAUGUCAUCUAGUCCCUCAGAUAAAAGGAAAGCAGAAUGUUUCUCUUAAACAAGAAUCCGGAACACCCAAACAGACACCAGAGAGAUCGUUCAGCUUCGGACUAAGAGUUAAAACUGAGAAUUUAAACACUAGGGAAGAUGUAAAGGAGAUAUUUCCACCAUUUUCCUUCCCUUCCACGCCAAUAGAGUCCGAAAACAAUGUGGUGGGAGAACAUGUUUUCGCUGCAAUGGCGAACGAUUUCAUGGGUGGUAGCUACGAUCCAACAUUCGGGUCUCCAACAACAUUCGAAUCAGACUACUUUGGAGCAGUGUCACCAUGCCACUUUGGACUAGUAGGCAAUGAUGUGCAGACUUCAGAAUCUGAUCUCUCUCAUGAGAUGCUGUCGGCUUCCAAUUCUGUGGCAAACUCACCAAUGGGGGAUUUUGGUUUCUCACUAGAGGAUUUGGAUUUUUACCCGUUUGAAAACAACCCAGAAUGUAUGUUUCCCCAGCAUUAACGUCCCUCACCAUUGAAGAGAAAAAGAAAAAGAAAAUUAGGAAGGAAAUGUUCAAACAAAGUGAGCUUUCCAGUUUUCACUGCCUAGCUAGGUGCUUAAAUACUUAGAAGUAAUGUGUAAGAUGUACUAUUUCUAAGUGUGUCUUUACCUUUUCUUUACUUCCAAGUCUCACUGAUUUAGAAAUUCUUUGGUCUAAGAGGACAUGUAGUGUUGAUUGUAAGAAAUAAAGCUGUCUUCUUGCUCUAUGUUACAUGAAACAAGUCCAUUCUGAAACUAUUGGCCAAUACACACACCUUGCAAACCUUAUGCUAUUUUACAACAUUUUAACAAGCAAAAAUGUAGUUCAUUUUAACAAGAAGAAAAACAAAGGACUGGCAGCAAACUCAGUAGAAUCAUUUAUUGGCUGGCUGCAGACUCACCCAACUUCUUUGAGCACUUAAGACUCUCAUUCAAUAUC